AUGACUGUCAAAACUAGCAUUAAAUCUGGAGCUCAUCCCAACUAUUCUGCUAUGGUCAAGCAGGCCCUCACCACAUGCAAGGGGUUCCAGAAAAUGAGUCGCCAGGCCAUACUCAGCUUCAUUAAGCAAAACUUUGGUGUCGAGAACAAGGCUGCUUUGAACAAGGCUCUCAAAGCUCUCGUAGAUUCUGGCCAUGUCUCUCAAGCGAAGGCGUCAUACAAGCUUGCUGCUGGGCAGAGGGUUGCCGCGAAGAAACCCGCGGUUGCGAAGAAAUCCAAACCAACAACUUUGAAAAAGAAGGCUUCCACGAAGAAAGCCUCUACUAAAAAGACCACCACGAAGAAGACCACCACGAAGAAGACCACCACGAAGAAGACCACCACGAAGAAGACCGCUAGAAAGCCGGCCGCUCCGAAGACGAAAAAAACCGCAGGCACCAAGAAGGCUUCUAUCCGUUCGAAGGCAUCCGCGAAGAAGCCGGCGUCCAAGAAAAUCAAGAAGGCGGCGACGAAGAAGCCUGCUGCCAAGCGGUCGGCGAAGUAA